AUGUCUUUGGCAGGCCUACUUUCAAAUACUAUACAUUUGGCACAAAAACUUCCUCUUAAGUUAGCUGCUGUUAGCAGGUGUUAUAGAGCUGAAACAUCAAAUGUUAUUGAGGAAAGGGGGACAUAUAGAGUUCAUCAAUUCACUAAAGUUGAGAUGUUUGUGAUUUGUAAACCUCAGCACUCUGAUGACAUACUGGAAUACAUAAGAAAUGUCCAAGAAGAACUAUUUACACCUUUAGGUCUUCACAUGAGAGUAUUGGACAUGCCACCUCAUGAGUUAGGUGCCCCAGCAUAUAGGAAAUACGAUAUUGAAGCUUGGAUGCCUGGUCGAAACUCUUAUGGAGAAAUAUCAAGUUGCAGCAAUUGCACCGAUUACCAAUCUAGAAGACUUCAUAUUAAAUAUUCUGACCAUGAUUCUGAAAACUAUCGGCGAGCUGCUGCUAAUCUU